AUGGAUCACACUAUGGAAUUGAAGGUUCCCCCAAAAUGGAAAAUCUUUCUAUGGAGGGCUCUAUGUGAUAUUCUCCCUACUAUGAAUAACCUGAUUAUAAGGAGAGUAGAUGUGGACCCAACAUGCCCUAUGUGUGGCUUAUUACAUGAGGAUGUUAUGCACACACUAUUUUCAUGUGUUUACUCUAAAAAAGUGUGGAAUAUUUCGGGAUUGCCUAUUACACAUGUUAUUGCUUCUUCUUUCCCAGUGUGGUUAAUGAGCGUUAUGGCAAAUUUAACAAAGGAGCAGUUUGGCAAGAUCGUAGCAGUCCUGUAUCACCUGUGGGCUGCCCGGAAUGACGCCAUGUGGAGGGGAUUGCUGCCGCGGCCGAACGGUGUAUGGAGGCGGGCGGCUGGGGCUUUGGCAGCCUAUAUUCAUGCAAACGGUACAGGACACACCCACGGCCAACCUUCGGCACCGGCGCUGCCAACUCUACAGGGCCGACCGCAAUGUUAUUUCGACAGAGGAUACAGGACACAUUCGGGAGAUGCAACGUACGGUGUUGUACUUUUGCACCCGGAUGGCUCAUUCAAAGCGGAAAUAAAUGGCAAACUAGAAGGUUGUUUAUCGCCCCUCAUGGCGGAGGCGCUAGCUUGCAAGAAAGUCCUAUCCUGGCUAAGGGAGCGAAAUGAGUUCAGAACUCCGAAGCCACUUGCUGUCUGGUCCUACAACUAUUCUAUCCUAUGUGGGGGUGGUGGAGGAUCAAUACAGGGCGGGUUUAGCCUAUUUUUCUUUUUACUCGCUGAAUGUUAUUUCUAG